AUGGAACUUCCAGUAAUAGAAGCUGAAACCUUUCAUGAGGACUUCACAGAAACCACAGGCCAUCCCGCCCAGCCCGGCUCGGCGCCCGCCUGCCCGACCUCUCGGCCCCGCGGGCAGGGGCUCGGGCCCGGGAGAAAGUUGCCAAGAAAGUUUCUGCGGAGGAGAAGGGUCCGGGGCUGCGGGACGCCCCCGAGGCGCGGCGGCGGGGCGAGGCCGGGGGCGGGCGGCCGGGGCCUAGUGCCUCCAUCGCCGCCGCCAUCGCGGCCGCCGCUCCCGCGGGGCGGCGGAGCGGGGACGCGGCCGGGGCCUCACCUGCCUCUCCUCGGCGUGGCGGGUGGGAGAAGGAGGGGGGGAGGGAGGGAAGGAAGCGGGGUCCCCCCCGCUCCUCCCGGAGCCGCGGCGACCCGGGGAGGGAAGCGGGGAGGAGGGGAAGGGAGGAGGGACGAGGAGCGGGAGGAGGGAGCGGAGCGCUCCGGUGCGUGCGGGGAGCCGGAGCCUCGCUGCGGGAGGAGGAGGAGGCGGCGGUGGAGGAGGAGGAGGAGACUCUCCGCCCCUACGGCCGUGCUCUCCGGCGGGCACCGCGGCCCCUCCUCCGCACAGAGCUUCCCCCCAUGCGGCCCGGGCUGGGCUUGCCGCGCCUGCCGGCCGGGGCAGCGCUUCCACGCCCGAACUGGAGGCCGUGGGGAGGAGCCGGGCGGCCCCCGCGGAGCCGGGCUGGCGGCGGCGGUGCCUCCUCCGCGCCGCUGCGCACCGAGACAACAUGAUGGAGGCGUGCGGGGGCGGCAGCCGGGGCUCUCCCUGCCCCGCCGCUCGGCCGAGGGCGGCCGCCCGUUCCCGGCCUUGUCUCCCCGGGCUGGAGGCGAGGCUGGGUCGCGGGGACCCUCAGCGGGGUACAUCCCGGGGGAGCUGCUCCUCCCGCCAUGCCGGGCGGGUCAGCUCGGGGAGCCUCUCUCGGCAGAGGAGCUGAAACAGAGAGAUUUCGGCAGCGGAGCCUUUUGACGCGACUCCUGAUUUGCCCUGAUGUUUUGUCACUGUGCUUCUUGGGCAUCUGGCUUUCAGGAGAGAAAAGGAGCAGAAUAGAACUGAACCUGAGGCCCCUUCACGAGUGCUGAGGCAGGAGAUGGUACAUCAUGGCUGCCCAGAACCUUUUUGUUCAUGCUCUUCAAAAGGAAAAAACCCACCGCUAUAAAGG